UUCUGUGGCUUGGUUACUAAUCUGUGAUUCUGUGUCUAUGGUUUUCGCUAAUGUGUUGUGUUGUUCUUUAUAGGUUAUGUUGUUGUAUUUUUUAAGUUUUAGAAAAACAAGUCAUGAUUUGUAAACAGUUUUUCUGUAUGUUAGUAUAACUCGUUGAAAGUAGUCCUUCACUUAAUACCCUAAGACGACCCACUGACCUAACCAUCAUGUCCGUGAGCCCCAACUCCAGCCUGGUGCAGCACACGAUAGAGCUGAACUACGCGAACAGCAGGCGCUCCAACGCUAUCAAAUGGAUUAUCGUGAACAUCACGAUCGUGUUGUUCUUUGUGUUUGACUUGUCGCGCAAGUGUCCCGGGCACACGCAGGCGCUGCACUACGCCGAGCUCUGCGCCGUCGCCGCGCUCUCCGCCAACGUGCUGCAGCACGCGCGGCGCCUCGCCCGCCCCGCGCCGCCGCCGCCGCCGCCCGCCCGCCCGCCCGCGCCGCGAGCCGAGCCCGGCGCGCUGUCGCCGCGCCGCCGUUGGCACCGCCGCGCCCGCCGCUCGCCGACGCCGCCGAGCCCCCGCCGGCUGGUGCGCGAGCUGGGCGGCGGACGCGGCGCUGGCGGCGGCGGCAGGAGGCGCGGGUGGGCGGCGCCAGCGCGGGCGGCUGCGGGCGGCGGCGCGCAGCUGCAGUCGCUGCCGCUGCUCUCGCACCUGGAGCCCUUCGCCGACCAGCGCUACGUAGUGCAGCGCAUCCGAGAGUUGGCGCAGGGCGGCUGCCUGAGCGCGUACCGCUGGAGCGGCGGCGGCGGCGACUGGGACGACGCCAAGCCGUGCGACGCCGAGCUGCUGCUGCACCUGCUGGCCACGUACCUGGACGCGCAGCUGCCGGGCGGCGCCCGCGCGCGGCCCUUCAGCGCCGCGCACCUGUCGGCCGCGCCCGCGCCGCCGCCGCGCGGACCCUCCGCGCUGGCGCUGCACCGCCUGGCCGCGCGGCCGCCGCACUGGGCGCUGGCGCUGGGCGACGAGCUGGUGGAGCCGGCGCGCGGCCGCAACAACCUGCUGCACGCGCUGCUGCUGUUCCUGGCGGCCGCCGCCCGCGCCGACCCGCCCGCGCUGCGCCGGCUGCACCUCGGCCGCGCCGGCCUCAACAUGCUGUGGAUCAUCGGCCGCUAGCCCCACCGGCCACCGACUCACCGAAAUCCUCUAAAUGCUAGUCUUAAAUAAAAUACCAAACUAUUUAA